CUCCUAGCCUAGCCUGCUAGCCUCCUAGCCUAGCCUGCUAGCCUAGCCUGCUAGUCCUCUCCCAGCCACAGGGGGAGCUCCUGGCCUCAGUCAACAGGGGAGGACUUAAACUUUGUGGUCCCAGAACCUCCAGCUCUCUCAGUAAGAGUUACGACCCCUGGUCUUAAGGUAAAUAACCCUUAAGGUACCCUUAAGGUAACUCACGCCCCUUAAGAUGGCGACUUUAAGUUAAAGAGGACCAGAUGCUGUCGGCCUUGUUCUUCAUGACGGGUGAAGAGAGAGUGUCAGACACUCAGAACUGAACAACACUAUUCAAACGAUAUUACAGAUUAGUAUUAAUAUUAUCAGCAUGCCCUUAACAGAACCUCUGCCCCCCCCCCCCCCCCCAUGCGGUGGGACCAUAGCCCACACACCUGCGGCGGUAAUGUGUGACCCUGGCUGACCGCAGGUGUGUCACUACAUGAUGACCUCAUCAUGAGCGCCCAGCCACUCAUUAAGGAUCCUUCAACGAUAAUCGAUAACCGACCUGCCUUCCUGCCCGGUGUCAGCUGAGUGGUGCCACCGGGAACCAAACAGAACCCCGACAACCACGAGACACGUCUAUAUGUGGUUUGAAUCGUCUCAAAGCAUUCAAGCUUCUUUUAAAGUUUUGGUUCUUUUGGAUUCUCCUCCUCUGCUGUCUUUCUUUUUAUACUCGAGGUAGCAUCUCUUAUUUAAUGAUUCUGUUUCCAAACUCGAUAUAAGUGGGUUACGAUGUUGAGUCGUAUAUUAGUGAUGAUUUGGGGACUUUGUAAUAUACCCCCUAUUAAUAUUAGCUUUUUAAUGUAUUACUCAUGUUUAAUGAUAGAUUAGAUUUGUUUUUUACACUAUACACUAAAUGUUACAAUAUAGCAUUGCUUGCCAACCACGUUUCCAGUCCAGCUUGUUUUUUUAAUUCUCUGGCCACAUUUAAUGGUCACCAGCUGUUGCAUUACCUGUAGAACUCAUUACAAUCUUUUUAAGCAGCGUACCCGAGAAACACCUGAAGGUCUCGUUAACAGUCUCGUUAAGCAGAAACACCUGAAGAUCUCGUUAAGCAGUAUACCUGUAGUAACAACUGAAGAAAUCGUUAACAGUCUCGUUAAGCAGCACACCUGUAGAAACACCUUGAGGUCUCGCUAAGAGUCUCGUUAAUCAGUGUACCUUUAGAAACACCUGGAGGACUCGUUAAUCAGCUUACCUGUAGAAACACCUGGAGGGCUCGUUAACAGUCUCGUUAAGCAGCCGGGAAGCACUGCCUCGAAUGUAUCACAGAGUUCUGCAUAAUCGAACAAUCACAACAUAUAUCUAGAAGUCUAGGCGAGCGGGGAAAUGUACAUUUUGUAUUUAUAAGAUGAUGUCAUGUUCUAAGAUGUUGUUUAAUCGUUGGAAGGGAGGCUGUUUAGAAGUGGUGUCCUAUAACCCGUAGAGUGUUCUCAGCCAUCGUUCCGCAGUGGGAGCUGUGGCAACAUGACAGGACAUACUAAAUCCUUCUGCUACUUCCUGUUGUGUUUAUACAUCAGCCUAUCAGGUGGCCUUUUGCACUUUGUGUUCAGUUAUCUACAGUCAUUUGAUCCGAAGGAAGUACAAUUCCUAGCACGCCGUGUUGCAUCAUGGGAUGGUUUACAAAACAAAACAAAAAACUUGUUGCCUAUGCUGUCAAUCAUCUUUCAUUUUUCACGGUAUUUAAUGAUCAGAAUAAGUUGUAUUGAUCGAUUACAAUAAAGCUCAUUAUACGGUUAAAACACGUCUGGCCUCAUUCCUGCCACUCAAACAAGUGCCCGACCUGUGUGGGUACAGUGUGGGCGUGGCCAGCUGGGCAUGGGGGUGUGGCCGGCGGAGUCCAGGAAAUCCUGGAGCGACGAGGUCUCUCCCAGCAGGAGAAGUGGUUCCUGGUCCAAGGCUACUGGGACCCAGCUGUGGGAUGGAGGACCGACAGGAAAGGAGGGUGGUCCACUUCGCCAGUGGGGAGACUAUGGAGGAGGAAGAGGAUGAGGAAGAUCCAACACAUGAUGAGACGCUCAGGGAGCCAUCAGAGAGGACUUGGAGGUCGUGGAGGAAAACUGGGGGUCUGGUGAUGAAGAUGACCCUUUGCGUGUGUGACUUCCUUGGGGCGCGGCUGGCCGGCCUGUUGGGGCUGGACUCCGCCAAGUACCAGUACGCCAUCGACCUGCACCGCCGCCGCCAGCCGCAGCGGCAGGACGACCCGCAGGUACCUGAGGACCUGAGUGGGGCCAGAGGGGAGAGGAUUGUUCUCUCUUCUAGACCGGACCGCACUUACAGCGCCACAGAACCCAGAACCGUGGGUCAAGGGGCGCACAACGAGGCCUUUCAGCAUGAUCGAGACCCCUAAACCAAAGGUAAAGAAGAGGAGGAAUGUUCUGAGAUUUUGGGAUUUUCUUUAAAAACAUUCAACAGAAACUUUCCAUUUGUAAUUUAUCCGGACUUAGUAAAGUGGGAUCGGGUUUGAAACUUUUAAAUAAAAUGUGAAACACAAAUUCGUUUUAUUGGAUCAGUUAUUUUAUUUAAAAACGGGAA